GCAACUCGCAGCAUAUCUAAGCUCUAAGCUUAGAUUAACUUUAUUUUUGAAGCGAGCCCUACCCUAUUUUCAAUGUGACUGCCCAAACACAAUACACAUCAGGUUUUGCACUAGAUGGGUUUGUCUGGAGACAAACACUCACCUAAUGGCGAACACCAAGAAGAGUGCAAUUAACCAAGUCGUUACUCGUGACUACACGAUUCACUUGCACAAGAGACUCCACGGAGUCUCCUUCAAAAAGCGUGCUCCUCGUGCCAUCAAGGAAAUUGUUGCUUUUGCCCAAAAGCACAUGCAAACCAAGGAUGUUCGUGUUGACCCCCAAUUGAACAAGGAGGUUUGGAAGCGUGGCAUCAAGAGCGUUCCUCACCGUCUCCGUCUUCGUUUGUCUCGUAAGCGUAGUGAUGAGGACGACAAGGCCCUCUACACUUACGUUCAGGCCGUUGAGGUUGCCAACCCUAAGAUGGAGACCACCGUCGUUGAGGAGUAAACUGGUAUGCCCAUUUAGCGAAUAAAAUGCUUGACGAAGACAGA